UCUGUUAUAAUGUAGGAACUAGGAAGUUCCCAAGUAAAGGUCAUUUUGAGCUCCUAGAAUACGCAGCUUAAAGAGCAUGAUGCACUAAAGUUGAUUCUUCAAAAGCCAACCAUAGAUGUUGCCGAAUUGGAAAAGGAAGAAGUGAACUCAUUUCCAAAUUCCAAGUAUAAGGAAUGGUGAAUGCGCCCUUUGCCCUGCAGGCUCUCUACUAGUGCAAGAUGUUCCAAGCUAAUAAGAGGCACAUCUACAUUUCUACUGAGGAAAGGCUCCCUAUAGGUCUGUUCUUGCCUUGGAACGAAGACAAAAUCUUCUUAAGAGUAGAACUAUAGAGGGCUAAACCCCUGUUGUGAUGGGCCUGCCCAACCGAUUGACACUACAUAGGGGCAUAGUAUUUACAUUACAGAUUCUUACCAUAAAUUUCGCCCUUCUAUCAAAAAUCAAACACGCAGAGGGCUUUUAUAGCCAUUUAGCCGCUAAUCGAUGGCCGACCACUCUGACGAUUUAGACGAACUCCUCGAUAGCGCUUUGGACGAUUUUCAGAAUCUCAACCUUAAUUCCUCUGUUCAAAGAGGUGGUGGCCGAGAUGAUGGGGAGAAGAAACAAGAAAAUCCUGCUUUGCUCACUGGGGUUCAGGGUUUGGGUGGUGGAUUGCCUGAUUUGAGAAGUAAGAAAAAAGGGAAGGAAAAGGUUUCCAAAGAAUCUCAUGUUUCGGAGGCGCUUGAGAAGAUGAGGGAACAGACACGGGAAGCUGUGCGGGAGUUAGAGUCGGCGACGGCAAAGACUGGUCCUGAUGAUUUGGGGAAGGAUGGAAUGAUGGAGGAUUUUGUUAAGAAGUUUGAGAAGCUUGCUGGGUCUCAGGACAUGGAAUCUAUUGUGGAGACUAUGAUGGAGCAGCUUUUGUCUAAGGAGAUUCUUCAUGAACCCAUGAAAGAAAUUGCAGAAAGAUAUCCAAAGUGGUUGGAGGACCAUGCAUCAGGUUUGAGCAAGGAGGAAUAUGAUCGCUACAGUCGUCAAUAUGAGCUCAUAAAGGGUCUAAAUGAAGUUUAUGAAAAGGAUCCUGGGAACUUCCCCAAGAUCGUAGAACUCAUGCAGAAAAUGCAGGAAUGUGGGCAACCUCCAAAUGAUAUUGUGCACGAGCUUGCUCCAGAUCUAGAUCUCACCAAUCUCAUGCAAUUAUCUCCAGAGAUGCUUGAAUCUCAGUCCAAAUGUUGUAUAAUGUAAAGGAUGAAUCCAUCUCUCUCAAUUACCUUUUCCUUUGUUUUUCAUUUUCUUUUGCAAUAUGUGGUGAAUAAGGUGAUUUCAUUUUACCAGAAUUCAAUAGUAUACCGGUUUCCCUCA